UGCGCUUGGAGGAUCAUCAGCCCUUCACAUCCCAGCCUUUCCUGGUGGAGGUUGUCUUAUCGACUAUGUACCUCAAGUGUGCCAGCUGCUAACAAACAAGGUACAGUAUGUUAUUCAGGGAUACCAUAAGAGAAGAGAGUAUAUCGCAGCUUUCCUGAGUCACUUUGGAACUGGUGUGGUGGAAUAUGAUGCAGAAGGCUUCACAAAGCUUACUCUGUUGCUGAUGUGGAAAGAUUUUUGCUUCCUUGUUCACAUUGACCUACCCCUGUACUUUCCUCGAGACCAACCAACCCUAACGUUUCAGUCCGUCUACCACUUCACUAACAGUGGCCAGCUGUACUCCCAGGCCCAGAAGAAUUAUCCUUACAGCCCCCGCUGGGAUGGCAAUGAAAUGGCCAAGAGAGCAAAGGCAUAUUUCAAAACGUUCGUCCCUCAGUUCCAGGAGGCAGCAUUUGCUAACGGGAAGCUUUAG